AUGGCGUCCUUCAACCAGACCAAGGUCGUUGAGUUCCUCAUCUUGGGCUUCCCCAACCUGCAGGACUUCAACAAGCCCCUCUUCUUCUUGCUCCUCUUCAUCUACCUCUUCACCAUCAUCGGCAACCUGCUCAUUUUCAUCGUCAUCCGUGUAGCUGCCCAGCUCCACGUACCCAUGUACUUCUUUGUCAGCGUCCUGUCCCUCUUGGAGGUCUGUUACACAGCAAGCACCAUUCCCAAGAUGCUCUCCAAUUUACUCAGCCAAAGGAAGACCAUCUCCUUCCAAGGCUGCCUGGUGCAGAUCUAUUUCUUCCACUCUCUGGGAGCCACUGAGUGCUACCUGCUAACAGCAAUGGCGUAUGACAGAUACCUGGCCAUCUGCCACCCGCUGCGGUACCCAUCCAUCAUGACCCCCCAGCUGUGCGUCAGAUUGGCCGCCAGCUGUUGGAUCUGUGGCUUGCUAGGCCCCAUGGCUGAAAUCAUCUUGGUCUCCAAGCUGCCUUUCUGCGGCCCCAAUAAAAUCGAGCACAUCUUCUGCGAUUUCCCGCCGCUCCUGAGCUUGGCCUGUACAGACACCUCGGUCAACGUCCUCGUUGAUUUCGUCAUCAACGCUUGCAAAAUCCUGGCCACUUUCUCCCUGAUCUUGAUGUCUUACUUGCUCAUUAUCGGGGCCAUACUCAGGAUCCGCACGGCCGCUGGAAGGAGAAAGGCAUUCUCCACGUGCGCCGCCCACCUCACGGUGGUGCUGAUCUUCUUCGGGAGCAUUUUGUUCAUGUACGUCAGGCUGACGAAAAGCUAUUCCUUGGAUUAUGACAGAGCGCUGGCCGUCCUCUACAGCAUCAUGACCCCUUUCCUUAACCCAAUUAUCUACAGUCUGAGAAACAAGGAAAUACAAGCGGCCUUGAAAAGAAUGUUCCUGUUGACAGGGAGGGAAAGAGAAUAG